AUGUCACUCUACAGGGUUUUUCUUGCAGACCUGCUGAGCAGGAGACAGAAGGAGAUGAUUUCCAAGGGCACUGGCUGUGACUAUCAGACUCGUUCCAUUAAAUGCCCAGAGAGGGACUUUUACCGGACCAUCACUGGGGAGUGCAACAACAGAAAUCACUCCCACCUGGGGUCCUCCAACCGCGCCUUCGUGCGCUGGCUCCCAGCCGUGUACGAAGAUGGAGUGUCUGUUCCCAGAGGAGCAAGUGAAGGAAAGCGCUACAAUGGAUUCCCACUCCCGCUGGUUCGAAAAGUAUCCAAUGAGAUUGCUCACACGGCUAACGAGAACAUCACUGCAGACCGGCAGCUCUCGCUGGUCUUCAUGCAAUGGGGCCAGUGGGUCAACCACGACAUAGACUUGGCCCCUGCCAGUGGGGAAGGAGCCAGCCUGGAGCUCCAGUGCCACACCAGCUGUGCCUUCAAGCCCCCCUGCUUCCCCAUUAAGUUCCCCCCUGAUGACCCGCGGGCACUGAGCCCUGACACCUGCAUGCCGUUCGUGCAGUCGGCCUCCGCGUGCAGCCCCGGCGCGUUCCGGCGGGAGCAGCUCAACGCUGCCACGUCCUUCAUCGACGCCAGCACCGUCUACGGCAGCGACGACGCCCUGGCCAGGAGCCUGAGGAACCUCAGCAGCCAGCUGGGCCUCAUGGCCGUGAACCAGCUCUUCUGGGACGCGGGGCUGGAGCUGCUGCCCUUCGAGAACACGACGCACAGCGUUUGUGCGCUCACCAACAGGAGCGCCAACAUCCCCUGCUUUAAAGCAGGUGACAAACGGGUGACAGAAAACCUGGGACUCUCUGCAAUGCACACUCUCUUUGUCCGAGAGCACAAUCACCUGGCUAGGGAGCUGAGGAAAUUAAAUCCUCACUGGGAUGGGGAAAAGCUUUACCAGGAGAGUCGAAAGAUUGUGAUUGCCAUAAACCAGAUCAUAACAUACAGAGAUUACCUCCCACUCCUGCUGGCUGAGGAGACCAGCAGGUGGAUCCCUUUGUACAGUGGUUACAAUGAAAAGGUGGAUCCGAGGGCCUCAAAUGUUUUCUCCCUGGCUUUCCGAUUCGGCCACACGUCUGUGCAGCCUUUUGUGUCUCGUUUGAAUGAGAGCUUUCAGCCUUUGUGCUCCUCCUCCCACGUCCCUCUGCAUUUGACCUUCUGUGCUCCAUGGAGAAUUGUAAUGGAAGGAGGCAUCGACCCCCUGAUCCGAGGCAUGGUUGUGGACCAUGCAAAACUGAUGAAACAGAACCAGCUGCUCAUUGAGGAGCUCCAGGACCACCUCUUUGAACAGACAGAGGUGAUGGGUCUGGAUCUAGGAGCCAUGAACAUGCAACGGGGGAGAGACCAUGGCCUUCCAGGUUACAAUGCCUGGAGGGGCUUCUGUGGGCUAUCCCAACCCCAAACUGUAGAAGAACUAUCUGAGGUACUGGGCAAUCCCAAACUGGCCAAGAAGUUCAUGAAUGUGUAUGGGACACCGCACAAUAUUGACCUGUGGAUUGGGGCAGUUGCAGAGCCCGUGGUUCCCCAGGGCAGAGUGGGGCCCCUCCUGUCCUGCAUUAUUGGCACCCAGUUCAGGAACCUGCGAGAUGGGGACAGAUUCUGGUGGGAAAACCCAGGAGUUUUCACUCCACAACAGUUGCAAGCAUUGAGAAAAAUCUCAGUGUCAAGGGUGAUCUGUGACAAUACUCAUAUCAAAAAGAUACCCAGGGAUGUGUUCAAGAUCAACACUUAUCCUGAGGACUUCACUGAUUGCCAAGAGAUUGAUGUGCUCGACCUCUCAUCCUGGAAAGAUGAGCCUGAGAGUGCCACAAAAGUUUCUAAUCCUACUCAUCAGACCAGCGUUGGAAACCCCUGA